AGGAGAACCCAUUUUUGGAGUCAAUGAUUGAGUCUCUGUUUGUAAAAAAAUGAUUCAUUUGUUGAAUACCUGUUCAACAAUUAUGAAAGUAUUGGAAGUGAUUGGAAGUGAUUGGAAGUGAUUGGAAGUGCCGAAACUGAUUACUAAUCAGUUAGUAUUAAUGGCACGGUUUAUGCGACCGACGAUAAAAUGGCAUACAUUUCGGGUAAUGCUAUUGACAUCUAUAGUUUGGCUCGUAUUUGGCAUCUGUUUGUUGAUUAUGAAUAUUUCUAAUUGGGUAAAUGAUACCUUACCAGUAUUUAGUGACCAAAAAUACCCCAAACAAUAUACCAAUAAAAGAGGUAUUCGUGUUAUUAUUGGCCAAUAUAUGGGCGAUGGAUAUCCAUGGGAUGCGGCGCCCAACCUAACAGAUGGUAAAUUACUACCGAUAUUAAAUCAAAACAAUUAUUCUCCGAUACCUAAAAUGGGUGAAAAUGGUUUACCCGUUUAUGUGCAAGAAUUUGAAGCAAACAAAAUGAAAAUAUUAUUUAAUAUAAAUCACUUCAAUCUAUUGGCCAGCGAUAGGAUAUCUGUCAAUAGAUCUUUACCUGACUAUCGUAUGGAAAGUUGCAAAAGAAAACAAUAUCCGAAAAAUAUUGGCACGACAUCAAUAAUUAUAGUAUUUCAUAAUGAGGCCUGGAGUACAUUAUUGCGGACAGUUCAUAGUAUAAUCCAAACGUCACCAAAUAAUUUGAUUAAAGAGAUUAUAUUAGUAGACGAUGAAAGUGAAAGAACAUUUCUUGGAAAAGAGUUAGAAAAUUAUAUUUCCAAACUCCCUGUUCUCGUGAAAGUGAUGCGAACCGGCAACCGGUCGGGUCUAAUACGGGCCAGACUUUUAGGAGCUAAAGAAGCAAAAGGAGAUGUAUUAACCUUUUUAGACGCGCACUGCGAGUGUACUAAAGGAUGGCUUCAACCACUUCUCUCCAGAAUUGCUGAAAACAGAACUCGAGUGGUUUGUCCUAUAAUUGAUGUUAUAAGUGACGAAACAUUUCAAUAUAUUCCCGCAUCAGACAUGACUUGGGGUGGAUUUAAUUGGAAACUUAAUUUUAGAUGGUAUAGAGUUCCUCAACGAGAACUCGAUCGAAGAAAAAAUGACAGAACAUUACCUGUGAGGACACCGACGAUGGCCGGCGGACUGUUCUCUAUGGACAGACAAUACUUUGAAAAGUUAGGUAAAUAUGAUGAAGGGAUGGAUAUCUGGGGCGGAGAGAACCUGGAGCUGAGUUUCAGAAUCUGGAUGUGUGGCGGAACUCUUGAGAUAGUAACGUGCAGUCAUGUCGGACACGUGUUUAGAAAGUCAACUCCGUAUACCUUUCCGGGCGGUACGAGUAAAAUAGUUAAUCACAAUAACGCACGACUGGCCGAUGUCUGGCUCGACGAAUGGAAAGAGUUUUAUUAUGCCAUAAAUCCGGCGGCAAAGAGGGCUGAUAUGGGAGACACUGAACCUCGAAAACAAUUGAGAAGAGAAUUAAAAUGCAAAAGUUUUCGAUGGUAUUUAGAGAAUAUAUAUCCGGAAAGUUCGAUGCCUUUAGACUAUCAUUCAUUGGGUGACAUCAAGAACUUGGAUAACAAUCACUGUUUGGACACUUAUGGCCGUAAAAGUGGUGAGAAUCUUGCGAUGACUCAGUGCCAUGGAUUGGGUGGUAAUCAGGUGUUUGCUUACACUAAACGCAAGCAAAUCAUGUCCGAUGAUAAUUGUUUGUAUGGAUCGCACCGUAAAACUGCUGUCAAAUUGCUUGACUGUCACGGAAUGGCAAAGAAUCAGAUUUGGGACUAUAAUGACAGCACUAAACAUAUUAUUCACAGAAGUUCUGGACUUUGUUUAGAUUUUAAGACAGAAAAAGAUGGGAUAUUACCGAUGAUAAUGAAGUGCAGUCAAAGUGAUUCACAGAAAUGGCAAAUGAAUAAUAACUUUGAGUGGCAAACACCCAAACUUAUUAACAUUAAAUAA